AUGUCGUCACAGAGUAACCUACAAACCACAACUGCUGAAGGUGGCGUCUCGAACAGAAGGGAUUCCCUCGUUCAUACGUACUCAGGAAAUGACAAUUUGAGCCGUGUCGUGCUUCUUUGCUUGGAUCCUUUAUCAGCUGAAGUUACCUACAAAUGGGCUUUGGACAACUUUAUUUCAAUCGAAAAAGAUUUGGUUGUACUUGUUCAUGUUCGACAAAUUGAUAUACCCGUAGCCCCUUAUAUUAACUCUACUGGCUAUAUUGAUGAAGUGAGUGAGGAGAGAAGAAAUGAGAGCCAUCACUUGUUGCGAACAUUUGCCGAGGAUUUGAACAAGAAAAAGUUUGCUUGCAAAGCCAUAUCGAUGGUUGGUGAUCCAAAGCACGAAAUUUUGCGAAAGGCCAAGGAAAUUAGAGCCGAUGUAGUAAUUAUGGGUGCCCGAAAUAUGGGCGCCAUCAAAAGAACUCUUUUGGGAAGCGUCAGCGACUACAUUGCACAUAACUGUCCGUGCACGGUGGUUAUUACAAAGCCCGAACAGGAAGCACAGCAAGAGCAUCGCAGAAAGUCUAUCAUAUCACUCACCUCAAGCAGGGAUAACACCAAAUAA